AUGAACGACAUCCCUAUCACCAUCUUCGGCCUUCAUCCAUCCACCACUCCCCCGCCUUCGCCUCCCGGCUCUCCAGAACCUUCCUGGAUGAUUCUCCUCUUUAAGUACCUCCACGUCGUGCCGCCGGACCGCAUAGUAGCCGUUUCGAGCUCCGACAACGUCGUUAUGCUGCCUAGUAGGCACUGCGAGCAGCAGCACCUGCUUGAGUCGUUCCUCUCGUUACAGUCACCCGUGGCCUUCGCAGCCAACGACCGCUGCGCGCCCGCACCUUCCUCUUCCGCGUCCUCCUCCGCCUCCUCCGCCUCCUCAUCUUCCUCGUUCUUCUACAAGCCGCAUUCAGCAAACAGCGCGCCGAACAGGUUCCUUAACCCGGGGAUGUUUAUAGGGUACGCAUGGGCCCUGCAGCGAGUGUUGGAGGUAGUGGUUGGGAGCACUCAAGGCCACGGCUCUUCAGGCCAUACAUCCUCUGCCUCUGCCUCUACCUCUGCUGCUGCGGCUGCUGCUGCUGCUGCUGGUCCUGCAGGCACUCACGCUGAUGCGCAGCAACAGCUUCUCCUGGCGUUCCUGGCGCAGGAUAAUAUAUUCUCCCCUCUCCCCCGACUGCCCAUGGAUUUCCCCUUUGCCAAUGUGACUGGCACCAGCAAGGCGGGUGGUGAUCCUGCGGUUGGGUCGGGAGCAGCGGACGGUGCAGGGAGGGAGGGUGAGGGACAAGAUGCUAUGUCGUCGCCUGUCACAUUUGCGUCAACUGCACUCGACAACCGCUUUCUCCCCAGCUCCUCCGAUCCAUCCUCCUCCUCAUCGUCCCCGUCAGAAUCAUCCGCAGGAGCAGCUGUGUGUGCGGCAUUCCCCGCUCAUCCGACCGCCUCGUCCUCCUCUCGCCCUUUUAUUUCCCUCGACCAUCAGAACCAGCUCUUUCAAGUGCUGGGAGCACGUGGGGCUGCAGCUCCAGGUGGGAAGGAACUGGAAGUGGUGGCGUCAGGGGAGGAUGUGCGAGUGAAAGCGGAAGGGACGGGAGGGGAGGCGUGUGCGUUUCAGCAGGAGAAUUGGGUGGGUGGAGGAGGGGAGGGGGCGGAACUGGGUGUUGAGCGGCCUGCAUCGGGUGACGCACGGCUGAAGUGGGAGAGAAAAAAUCAGAAGGCAUUCGCUCAAUUCUGCAAUGCCUUGGUGCCAGAUGAGCUAAUUCGCUUGGUACGGGAGUUCGGCGGCAAGACCGAGUUGGGCAGCGCACCUGUUGAUGGCGGAGCAAGAGCGGUCACCCGAAUUCCUGCAGGCACAGCAGCGGCAUACAUACGAGUGAAGGGGUUCUACCUUCAGCGUGGAUUGUGUAACCGGAUGGCACUCUCUGAGGAGCUCUCUUCAUUGAAGAUGAAAGAGGGGGAGGGGGUGGCUGCAUACUGGGCGCGUGCCGAGGACUUGAGGUCCAAGUACUUGGCUGCAGGAGGAAAGGAGGAGGUUGAGGAGUGGAUGAUGAGGAUACUCAAAGGACUACCUCCUCACUUUGAGAUGCUGAAGGUGGUGUUGAACAACCAGUCAUCAUCGCUCACUAAGGAUCAGCUGCUUACCUCCUUGAGGAGCGAGGAGAUGCGGAUUGGUGUCGCACCAAGAUCGGAUGGUGUAGCCACAUUUGGAGCGGGUACGAAAGUGGGCAGCAGCGGCAGGGGAAAUUGGGUCAAGGGAGGAAAGCAUGGAGACAGCGGUAGCAGCAGUGACACCAACUCGGGCAGAUGGGGUCAAGGGAAAGGCAAAGCGGGAGUGCUUGAUUUCCCUUGGGGGUCCAAGGGCAUGGCUCCUCGGGGGUUGUGUCAUGGCUGUUGGGAUGAGGGACAUGCAUGGCAGCGAUGUCCUCAUCGACCUAAGGGAGGCAUUCCGGCAUUCUUACAGCGGGGGGGUCGUGGGUCCAACGGCAAGGCACAGGUGGCGGAUGAGGAGGAGCAGGAUGACAAGGCAGAGGCAGUGGUUGGAGAAGCAGUUGCAGCAGUGGGAGAGGAGCAGCCGCGAGAGGGGUGGUGGAUUGACAGUGGGGCCAGCCACAACUUUACUCCUUAUGCAUCGGACUUCAAAAGUAAGCUUCAACCACCAGAGGUUCGGGGAGUUAGAUUGGGAGAUGGACGGGUGGUGAAAGCUGUUGGCAUGGGUGAGGUGCCAGUGGUUGGUGCUGGAGGUCAGCUGCUGAGGAUUCAAAAGGUCCACCUUGUGCCUGAGAUGCACACGCGUCUGCUGUCAGUCCCACACCUCACCUCUCGAGAUGUCAUUGUCACAUUCAAAGGCAAGAGAUGUGUUCUUCAACGGGGGGAGCGGGUGUUGGCGAUUGGAGAAAAGGAGAGGGGAAGGGACCAUGGAUUGGUGCGGAUGUUUCUUCCUCUUGCUCAGGGCACACAAGGCAGUGCUCUUGCAGCUAAGUCGUCCUCCUCAUUUUCCCCAUUGACCCUUGCCCAUCGCCGCCUUGGUCAUACCGCCCCCACAACAUUGCAACAGAUGGCUCGGGGGAACAGUGUACAGGGCUUGGAGAUUGGGGGGGGGAACACUGAUUGUUCCCCAUGUGAGCCCUGCUUAUUGGGAAAGUCGGCUCGGAAGCCGUUUCCCCAUGAGGCGUCUCGGGCACUUGGGCCUUUGGAUGAGGUCCACAUGGAUUUGUGGGGGCCGGUGCGCACACCAUCACUGGGAGGAGCGGUAUAUGUCCUCAGUCUCAUUGACGACUUCACCAGACGAGUUUGGUCGUUCCCCCUCCCCAACAAGGAAUCGGCCAUAGUUGCAAAAGUCCUUCGCCAGUGGCAUAAGGACGUGGAGUUGGAGUGUGGGCGGAAGCUGAAGGCUGUUCGCUCGGACAGGGGUGGCGAGUUCUUGGGGGAAGCUGUAAAAGCAUGGAAGGCGGAGUUUGGCAUUAAAACUCAAUUGAGCGUCGCAGAUACACCGCAACAGAAUGGGGUUGUGGAGAGGUGGCACAGGACGAUGGCAGAGGGGAUUCGCACAUUGUUGGUCGACAGUGGUCUCCCUGCUCGCUUGUGGGGUGAAGCAUUGAUGUGGGUCGUGUGGGUUAAGAACAGGGUCACCCACAGUGCUUUGCCUGCCUCCAUCACACCAAUGGAGACGUGGUCCGGCCAGAAGCCGCAUGUGGGCAUGGCUCGGAUUUGGGGUUGCAUGGGGAGUGUCAUGUUGCAUGGGCAUGAGAAGGGUGGCAAGCUUGAUGCACGGGCUGUCAUGUGUGUCUGUGUUGGGGUGGACAUGGAGAGCAAGGGUUGGCGCAUGCUGGACCCUUCUAUCAUGCGCAUUCGCAUUGCUCGGGAUGUUGAUUUCCUUGAGAAUGUGAUGUGGAAGGAUUGGGACAAGGCAAAGGAAUUUGGGGAGCUUCUGCAGGAUGCAGCUGCAAUUUCCCAACUCCUCCCUCUUCCACUCUCGCCACCUUCAGCAACGGCUGACGACGUUGAGAUGCCACUUUCACCACUGCCACCGGCACCGCUGAGUGUGUCGGUGCAGCAGCAGCCCACCCCUCUGCAGAAGCUCAGUGGCCCCUCGGUCAUUCAGCGGAGAUCCGCUACACAGGCUACUUCCUCUUCCUCCUCCUCUGGUCAGCGCUCUAUCCCUCUCUCUACGGGUGCCCCUCCGUCACCAGCGACUACCUCCCCACCACCGGUUACGGGUUUGCAGGUGCUUGGUAUCCAGUCUGGUACAGGUGGUGAGGAGGUAGGGGGGGAUGCUGGUGUGGUUGAGGGCAUGCUAUGUUUGGCCAGGGAGGUGGAAGGUGUUGCACUGGCAGGUGUGAGCACAGGUCAAGGAGGUGCUUGCUCAGAGGUACCAGAUGAAGGAUCUAGGAAUGGUACUUGGUCAACUGAGGAAGGUGUUGCAGCUGAUGUCAAGGUGUACCAGAGUCUCAUUGGCAGCUUGAUGUAUGCUGCUGUGACCACCCGUCCUGACAUGUCUUUCACUGUCAACACCCUUGCACAGUCCUGCGUGGCACCAAGACGCAUUCACAUGCGCGCUGCACUGAGAGCACUCAGCUUGCAGCUGCAUGAGAACCUGGAGCGCAUCGGCAUGCGAGUGAUUGCUGCGAAGGCCAAGGCUUCAUUCGCUGGAGGGGUUGUAUUUUGA